AUGCCUUCGCCAAUGCACCGCAUGGUGGUUGAAGAGCCUUGUGGUACGGGAUUUUCCGAAUCUCUCGGCGAUUCCUCUGGCGACGCCCACACCGAGUCUCUCCACCUUGGAAAGAUCCGUGUACUUGAAGCUGCGGAGCCCUUGCGCACAUCGGAAUCCCAUGAGUCCACUUUGGUCGCAUUGCUUGAAAGCAAUUGGAAACUUUUGGCUGUUUGUUUCGGCGUCGCGUCGGCAGGAUUCUUUUUCGGCUAUGACACAGGUACCAUUGGAGGUAUAACAGCCAUGCAGCCUUGGCUUGCACAUUUUGGACAAUCCGAUUCAACUAAUCAAAGUUAUUUUAUGCCCACAGUGCGUGUAGGCACCAUCGUAUCUGCAUUCCACGUCGGAUGUGUUAGCGGCGGGUUUAGCAUUGCACGGCUUUCAGAUUCGUUUGGCCGUCGUAUGCCCAUUGCGUUUGCCUGUAUCACGUACGCCUUGGGCGUUUCAAUUCAGGUUUGUAGCGUCCAGGGCGCUUGGAUCCAAUACUUGGUCGGUAGAAUCGUCGUGGGACUUGCGGUGGGGUCCAAUGCUGUAGUUGUGCCCAUGCUUCUAUCCGAGAUUGCACCGCCUGGGCUUCGCGGUGUUGUUGUGGCGUUUUACGGUAUUUGCGUUACGCAUGGGAUUCUGCUCGGCUACAUCACCGACUACGUUGCCAAAUCGGUCUACGCAGACGAUCGUGCCUGGCGUAUACCGCUUGCAGUUGGUUACUCGUUCUCUCUAAUUCUGGGAUUCGCGCUGGCGCGAGUUCCAGAAUCGCCUCGGUUUCUUAUUCAGAAGGGCCGAAAUCAAGAAGCACUUGCAUCAAUAACGAGCUUCAAAAAAAUGACCGCAAACGCGAUGGCCGACGACCCGGUGCGCUGCGAUGCUAUCGAAGAAUUCGAAUAUCUCAGGACCGUUUACGAAUACCAACAGCACGAAACAGCGGGGGUAGCGUUCUGGCAUUUGUUCAAUCGGCGAUACCUAAAGCGUACGGUCUCGGGAAUGUGCGUUAUGGCGUUUCAACAACUUGCAGGAAUUGACUAUUUCCUGUACUAUGGGACAAGUCUAUUUCAAUCCGUAGGCAUGCACGACUCGUAUGUGACCUCGAUCCUAUUGGGCACCAUAAAUGCGGUAACUCGCUACAUCUCUAUUUUUGUCGCAGAUAAUUGGGGCCGCAGACCGGGGUUAAUUCUAGGCUCAUUGGGCUGUUUCGUAUGCUUGGCCGUCUUCUCAACUGCUGGAGUCUUCGCAGUAGAUCAUCACUCGGCAUACUUGGACGGCCAUACUGCAGGUAUUGUGAUGGUCAUAUUCACAUGCCUGUACAUCGCGGUGUUCUCAUGCUCCUGGGCUGCUGUGGCGCCAGUCCUGGUCAGUGAGAUCUUUACGCUCUCAAUCAAAUCCAGAGCCAUGGCGUUGUCGCAGUCUUUAAACUGGGCUACCAAUUUUUUCAUCGCACUAUGCACUCCCAUUGCCACGGCUUCUAUGGGGUAUGGUUUCGGCUACGUAUUUGCCGCUGCAAUGUUAAUCUCACUGUGCUGCGUGCUUAUCCUCAUCCCAGAAACCAAGGGCAUGACUUUAGAGCAAAUCGACACAUUUUAUGAUAAAAUUAAUGGAUUUUGA